CAUACUACAUUAUUCUCUUAUAUAGAAUUGUUUGCUUUUUAAUGCAGCCAGAACUUAAAGAUCAGCAAAUGUCAUCUAGCAUUGAAGCCUUGACGAUAUGGAUAGUUAACUACACGAUGGUGACCCUGAUGACCGUUCGCAGCGGACAGCGUGUUUUGAACGAGGCAGACAAACUUCACUCUUCGUUGGCACUUCUCUAUACUUUGCUGAGAGGGUUUUCAGAACGUGAAGCAGUGUGUUGCGCGCGAUCUGCGUGCGCGCUGAUGCGGCGGCUGCGCGCGGCGCCGCUGUGCGUGCGGCUGGUGGCGCGGCCGGUGCAGGCGUCGCUGCUGGCCACCGUGCUGGCCAUCACCACCGACUACACCAUCAUACUGCUGCAAUUCAACCAUGUUGUAUAGGAUCAUGUUACGUGGCUACUAGUUGCUACUUCUUCUUUCUUCUUUACAUCAUGUUACAUAACGCAGGCGUGUCUGAUCGGACACUUAGACGCAUUCACGCUUCUUCUUUUCUUAUGCGCACUGCCAAGGAGUGGAAUUCUUUG